AUGGAGCAAAUUGAUUUGGUAGGCGCAAAUAAAAUUGCCGCCGGUGCUAAUAAAGAUACUGUGAGGGUGGUAAAUGGUUUGGGUUCUUUAAUGGGUACAAGGGAUAUGGCUACUGUGCGCUUUGAGUCCAGAAAUGUUGAGUCGUUGUUGGAACACGAUGAAAAAGAGAAAGCGCGCUGGAAACACCAGAAGCAUAUUUCCGAGCAGCCAUGGACUUUGAAUAACUGGCAUAUGCAUUUGAAUUGGUUGAAUAUGGUUUUAGUGGUUGGUAUACCUGCCACGGGUUGGUUCAUGGCAUUAACCGAUAAAGUCCCAUUGAGUUUGAGAGUUUUCUUGUUUUCGUUGUUUUACUACAUGGUUGGCGGUCUUAGUAUCACAGCCGGGUAUCACAGGUUGUGGUCCCACAAGGCCUACAGUGCGAGAUGGCCCUUGCGUUUGUUCUUUGCGAUUUUCGGUGCCUCGUCCGUUCAAGGUUCUAUAAAGUGGUGGGGCCACUCCCACCGUGUCCACCACAGAUACACGGAUACUCCAAGGGACCCAUACGAUGCCAGACGUGGGUUGUGGUACUCGCAUAUGGGUUGGAUGUUGUUGCACCCUAACCCCAGAUGGAGUGCUCGUGCGGACAUUUCGGACUUGUUGGAUGAUUGGGUUGUUCGUUUCCAGCACAGGCACUACAUUGGUUUGAUGGCUUUCUUUGGUUUUGUUUUCCCAGCUAUUGUCUGCCACUACCUAUACGGCGACUUCUGGGGUGGAUUUGUUUACGGUGGUGUUUUGAGGGUGUUUGUUAUCCAACAGGCUACCUUCUGCAUCAACUCUCUGGCCCAUUACUUGGGUACUCAACCAUUUGACGAUGGCCGUACUCCUAGAGACAACUGGGUUACCGCUUUGCUUACAUUUGGUGAGGGUUACCACAACUUCCAUCACGAGUUCCCAACUGAUUACCGUAACGCCAUUAAAUGGUACCAAUAUGACCCAACUAAGGUUUUAAUUUACUUAACCUCUUUGGUUGGAUUAUCUUAUAACUUGAAGAAGUUCUCCCAGAACGCUAUCCAACAGGGUUUGAUUCAACAAAAGCAAAAGAAAUUAGACAGAGAACGUGCUAAGUUGAACUGGGGUACUCCUCUAUCUAAGCUACCUGUGUGGGACAAGACUGAAUUUUUGCAGCAAACUAAGGAAAAUGCUGGGUUGGUUGUGAUAUCCGGUAUUGUGCACGAUGUGUCAGGUUAUAUUACCGAACACCCUGGUGGAGAGACUUUGAUUAGAGCUUCGCUGGGUAAGGAUGCCACGAAGGCAUUCAACGGAGGUGUUUACUUGCAUUCGAAUGCUGCACAUAAUGUCUUGGCUACAAUGAGAGUUGCUGUGGUUAGGGAAGGUCAAGAUGCGGCUUCAAAAUUUGCCGCUAGACGUGGUGAGAUCUACGAAAAGAAAGCCGCUCAUAUGAGCUAG